UUGUUUCUAUUAGAAGUGAUCAUGGGGGAGAAUUUGAAAAUAAUGACUUUGAAGAUUUUUGCAUUGAACAUGGUAUUUAUCAUAAUUUUUCAGCCCCUAGAACUCCUCAACAAAAUGGGGUGGUUGAACGGAAAAAUCGUACUUUUGAGGAAAUGGCAAGGACUAUGAUUUGUGAGAAUGAUUUGCCAAAAUCCUUUUGGGCUGAAGCCAUUGCAACCUCUUGUUAUUUGUUGAAUAGAGUUAUGGUGAGGCCUAUUCUUAAUAAAAACCCCUAUGAAAUUUACAAAGGAAGAAAACCUAAGAUUUCCUACUUUAGAGCUUUUGGUUGUAAAUGCUUUGUCUUGAACAAUGGAAAGGACUCUCUUGGAAAAUUUGAUUCUAAAAGUGAAGAAGGCAUCUUUGUUGGAUACUCUACUUCUAGUAAAGCUUACCAUAUGUAUAAUAAACAUACUAAAGUUGUUGAGGAAUCUAUUCAUGUGGUAUUUGAUGAGACUAACCCUAUUUGCUCUAGAAAGUCUUGUAAUGAUGAUGAUGUAGAUGCCAUUGGAAAACAAAUUAAAGAUAUAAAUCUCAAGGAGGACAACACCAAGGAAGCUCAAGAUGAGAAAAAUGAGGAGGACAAACAUGAAGAAGUGCAACAAACACAUGAGCUAAGAGAACCAACUUUCCCAAGAGAAAGAUCCUAUGUCAAAGGUAAUGAAAUUCUUGGGGAUCCAUCAAAAGGAGUAAUUACUAGAUCUCAUGCUCAUAAUACUUGUGCUUUCAUUGCCUUUAUAUCUCAAAUUGAACCAAAUAAUCUUGAUGAUAGUUUAAAUGAUCCUAAUUGGGUGAUGGCUAUGCAAGAAGAAUUAGCUCAAUUUGAAAGAAAUAAGGUUUGGAAUCUUAUUUCUAGACCUAAAGACCAUCCCAUCAUAGGAACUAAAUGGGUUUUUAGAAACAAGUUAGAUGAGAAUGGAAUUGUGGUUAGAAACAAGGCAAGACUAGUUGCUAAAGGCUAUUGUCAAGAGGAAAGAAUUGAUUUUGAUGAGACUUUUGCCUCAAUAGCUAGACUUGAAGCAAUUAGAAUGUUAUUGGCUUUUUCAUGCUUUAAAGGUUUUACACUUUAUCAAAUGGAUGUUAAAAGUGCUUUUCUAAAUGGUUAUAUUCAAGAAGAGGUUUAUGUUGAGCAACCUCCCGAUUUUGAAGAUCCAUCUUAUCCAAACCAUGCUUAUAAACUUUCAAAGGCUUUAUAUAGCUUAAAACAAGCUCCUAGAGCUUGGUAUGAAAGAUUAAGUAGUUUUUUUCUUGCAAAUGGUUUUUUUAGAGGAAGAGUUAAUACCACCUUGUUUGUAAAAAACAAAGGCCAAGUUAUACUAAUUGUCCAAAUCUAUGUUGAUGAUAUUGUGUUUGGUGCUACUAAUGAUUUUCUUUGUCAAGAGUUUUCCAAAGCUAUGCAAGGUGAAUUUGAAAUGAGCAUGAUGGGUGAGCUCAACUUCUUCUUGGGACUUCAAAUCAAACAAUCCAAAGAAGGCAUCUUCAUCAACCAAAGCAAGUAUCCAAAGGAAAUGCUUAAGAAGUUUGGCAUGGAGACUUGUAAGCCAAUAGCUACUCCUAUGAGCACUUCAAUUAAUCUAGACAAGGGUGAAGGAGGUUCGCACCUCACGAACCCAACUCGUGGGUUCACACCUAGCGAACCCAAGCUCCUGGGUGCGAACCCGCGAGCUGGGUUCGCACCUUGCGAACCCAGGCUCUUGGGUGUAAACCCACGAGCUAGGUUCGCGAGGAACCCAAGCUCCUAGUUAAUAUUGAAGUAUAUAUGCUUUCAUGAUCAAAGUGUUUUGUCAUCAUCAAAAAGGGGGAGAUUGUUGUACCUAUGAUUUUGAUGAUUACAAAACACAUUUGAGUGACUAAUUAAUUUAUUUAAGUGUG